AUGUCCAGUCCACGCCCGUCGAAAAGACAGCGCAUCUAUCGUGCUUGUGAUCAAUGCCGACGUCGCAAAUCCAAGUGUGAUGGGGAGCAGCCCGUCUGCAAGAUAUGUCAUGCUGCCAAUCGAACGUGCACAUACCAAACUGGUGGAGGUCGACGGGGCUUACCGUCCGGCUAUGUUCGAAGCCUUGAAAUUACCCUUGGCCUUGUUCUUCAGACUGUGCCUGGCAGUGAGGGCAUGGUGUAUACCCUCAUAAGAGAUGCACGAGGCAAAGGCAAUUUCCUGAAGAGUGGACAGGCAGAUCAUCUUGUGUCCAUUUGGCGGGAAUCAAGGUUAUCUCGAGACGUGAAUCAACUCUUGAAACCGGAUCACGAGGAUGCUGGCAAUGAUGGGUCUGACUGGGAUCCCGUGGAGACUCGCGAUCAAGAUGAGAACAUGGACGAUCAUGUCGCUGCACCAACAGAUCUUGGUUCGAAUGAGACCAUGAUCAUGCAGACUGUCCAAGAGCCUUUGCAAAGCGCUCCGAAAGCGAUUGAUUGGAUGAUACCGGAAAAUACCGCCGACUUACUCGAAUUUUACUUCACCUACACGCACUGCUGGUUCCCCAUUCUUGAACGCCGGGAACUACUUCGAGCCAUGCAUACAAGCCGAACUCGCCCGAUACCAAGUGAAGCUCCUUGUCAAAUGUUACUAUGGAGUGUAAUCUCUUAUACCUUAAUUUUGAGAGGAUCUCACGAUACCAGCUUACCGUCUCCUUCGGCCAUCCAGCUCUCCAUCCAAGAGCAGCUUCUGGCAGAACCGGCAGCUUUGGAUCUGGGUCACAUUCAUGCAAUCCUGAUCUUUGUAUUGACGCAAAUUUCCCUGGGAAAUAUCCAUAUCGCGUGGACCACGAUUGGACAGGCCACAAGACUAUUAUUUGACCUGCCACUUGCCGCAAGAAAGACACGAUUCCGACAUACCUUCAAUGGCUGCGUCUUCCUUGAUAAUAUUCUAUCCGCCCUUUUGGGGCGUACACCAUGCUUAUCCUCAGAUGAGCAGUUCGAAGAGGGACCGGUAGAAGACGACGACGUAGACGAGUGGGACGUCUGGUCUGCAAAUCGCUCCAACACCGUCAAUAGUGGUACGAGCGCUCCUUUGCGUGCCUUGAGCUCCUUCAACAUCAUAAGGCAGCUCAUGCAAGACUUGUCGCAAAUUUUGUACCAGACAAAGUCUACUUUUCAACUGGAAGAUCUUCUUGACAGCCUACGAGAAAAGCAAGGAGUUCUACUCCAGGAUCGUCCAUAUAGCGGACACAGUGCUAGCACCCCGCCUCUCCUGGUGCUACAUCUCGCGUCCACUUUUACGACGCUGUCACUGAUCCAGAGGUUUGAGCCGGUCUCGCCUGCGGUCACAGACCUUUGCAUCAGAAUAAUUCAUCGUGUGCUUGAUAUACUUGAACAUUAUCUUGUACUUGCAGGCGAAGUUGGCAUCUCCCCGUUGGUUCAUUGCUUUGCACUCCAAUGUCAACGGAGCCUCAGCGUCACAAAUUCCGCAUUGAGCUUGGCGGAAAAGGCAGAGUUGGAGAGUCGCAUUCACAACUUUCUGAACCUGACCAGGUCAAAAAACCAUCUUGGAUGGAAGAGCAAACCUGAUGACCCAUUCACAGUCCCCUCCCUGAACCAGGGAGGCCGGUCUGCGGCUGUAACAAUACCAGAAAGUGAAAUCACUAUGACCAACUUCGCGGAGUCGUCCAUGAUGGACUUACCAAAUAUGACCGACACCAGUAAAUAUACCACUUCCGCAGUUCUCUCUGGCGCGGAUGGAUAUGAUGCUCUUUUCGAAGAGAUGGUAACCUCAUUCCCAUCAAGCAGGCAGGAACCUGCUUUUGCGCAUAAUCUGGGAUUUUAUGACGGAGAUCUGGACACGGAUUUCUUAGCACAACUCCAGGGUCCUUCAGCGUGA